UACUACUGGGAGGCGUACACCAUUGUCUGUCUCCUCCGUUCUCUGCUUCACUUCCCCGUUUUAUUUUAAUGCGCUUCAUCAAAAAUCAAAACUAGGGUUUCGAGUUUCAUUAAUUUUUAACUCCAAACAAAGAACAAAAUGAGUACGGUGGACAAGAUGCUGAUUAAAGGAAUCCGGAGUUUCGACCCGGAGAACAAAAACGUCAUCACCUUCUUUAAACCCUUAACCCUAAUCGUCGGCCCCAACGGCGCCGGAAAAACUACUAUUAUAGAGUGUUUAAAGCUAUCUUGCACAGGGGAGUUGCCUCCAAAUGCAAGGUCUGGUCACAGUUUUAUUCAUGAUCCUAAGGUUGCAGGAGAAACAGAAACAAAAGGACAAAUUAAGCUGAGAUUUAAGACUGCAGCAGGGAAAGAUGUAGUGUGCAUUAGGUCAUUUCAGCUUACGCAAAAAGCUUCGAAAAUGGAAUAUAAGGCUAUUGAGAGUGUGCUUCAAACAAUUAAUCCGCAUACCGGAGAGAAAGUUUGCCUUAGCUACAGAUGUGCUGACAUGGACCGAGAAAUUCCUGCUUUAAUGGGGGUCUCUAAAGCCAUUCUAGAAAAUGUUAUAUUUGUUCACCAAGAUGAAGCUAACUGGCCACUGCAAGAUCCUUCCACAUUGAAGAAGAAGUUUGAUGAUAUCUUCUCUGCUACUCGAUAUACAAAGGCUUUGGAGGUUAUUAAAAAACUUCAUAAGGAUCAGGCUCAAGAAAUAAAGACAUUUAAACUAAAACUGGAGAAUCUUCAAACUUUGAAGGACUCUGCAUAUAAGCUUCGAGAAAGCAUUACUCAAGAUGAAGAAAGAACAGAAUCUUUAAAAGUCCAAAUUCAAGAGUUGGAAAACAAAGUCCAGAAUAUUGAUUUGAAAAUUCAGCAAAGCGAAACAACUAUGAAAGACUUGAGAAAACUACAGGAGCAGAUAAUGACAAAAACUGUGGAAAGGAGAACUUUAUUUAAGGAGCAGCAGAGACAGUAUGAAGCUCUUGAGGAGGAAAAUGAAGACCCUGAUGAAGAUUUGAUGGAAUGGAAAACCAAGUUUGAUGAAAAGGUUGCUCAAUUGGAUUCUAGCAUUAGCAAGCUGGAGAGGGAAAUGGAGGACAUGGAGAUAAAAUCUUCUUUUCGUAAGAAGUGCAUUACUGAGUAUACCCGGGAGAUUAGCAGGCUUGAGACUGAAGCUGAAGCUAACAUGUCCCUGAAGAGUGAAAGAGAUUCCACCAUCCAGAAACUUUGCACGAGAUACAAUUUAGGGUCUCUUCCACAUGCCCCUUUCAGUGAGGAAAAUGCUGUGGACCUCACAAAUAAACUAAAAUCAAGGUUGAUCGACCUCGAGAAGGAUUUGCAAGAAAAAAAGACAUCAAUUGACCUUGAAGUUAAGACAGCGGAAAAUCGCUACUGGGAUGUAAAUGAUCGCUGGAAAAACAGCAAUGCUCAGAAGCAUGCUAAAAUAGAAAUAAAGAAUGGCAUUUUGAAUCGCAUUACGGAGAAGGAACAUGAGCGUGCUUCAUUUGAAGAACAAAUUUCGCAUGUUAAUCUUUCUCAUAUUGAUGAAAGAGAAAAGAAUACGCGAAUUGAAGUUGAAAGAAAGACAAGCCAACUGGCUGAAAGAUCAUUUGAAUCAAACAUUCGUCAAAAGCAAAGUGAGCUUUAUGGCAUUGACCAACAGAUUAAGGUGCUGAAUAGGGAGAAGGACAUCUUGGCUGGAGAUUCUGAGGAUAGAGUGAAACUGUCCUUGAAGAAGGCAGAGUUGGAGAAUCACAAGAAGAAACACAAAAAAAUAAUUGAUGAAUACAAGGAUAGGAUCAAAGGAGUGCUAAAAGGGAGGCUUCCUCCUGAUAAGGAUAUAAAGAAGGAAAUUACUCAAGUUUUAAGAUCCCUCGGAUUGGAAUUUGAUGACUUGAACUCGAAAUCUGGUGAAGCUGAGAAGGAGGUGAAUGUGCUGCAGAUGAAAAUUCAAGAAGUUAAUAAUAACCAGUCCAAAUCUCGCAAGGAUAUGGAAUCAAGAAAGAGGUUCAUCGAAUCAAAACUCCGGUCAUUGGAUCAACAAUCACUUAGCGUUGACUGUUACCUUAAAGCGUUGGACUUAUCUAAGGAUAAAAGAGAUGAUCGGAAAAGCAAGUACAAUGUUGCAGAUGGUAUGCGGCGGAUGUUUGAACCUUUUGAAAAAGUAGCUCGUGCCCAUCAUUUUUGCCCUUGUUGUGAGCGUCCUUUCUCUGCUGAAGAAGAAGACGAGUUUGUUAAAAAGCAAAGAGUGAAGGCUGCGAGUACUUCUGAGCACAUUAAAGCGUUGGCUUCAGAGUCCUCCAAUGCAGAUUCUUAUUUUCAGCAGCUGGACAAGCUUCGUGUGGUUUACGAGGAAUAUGUAAAAAUUGGCAAGGAAACAAUUCCUCAAGCAGAGAAACAUUUGCAUGACCUUACAGAAGAGCUAGAUCAGAAGUCUCAAGCCCUUGAUGAUGUGCUGGGUGUUUUUGCUCAAAUAAAAGCUGACAAGGAAUUAGUUGAGGCCUUGGUGCAACCUGUUGAAACUGCUGAUAGGCUUUAUCAAGAAAUUCAACUUUGGCAAAAGCAAGUUGAUGAUUUGGAGUAUAAGCUUGACUUUCGUGGCCAGAGUGUCAAAUCAAUGGAAGAAAUUCAGUCAGAGCUGAGUAGUUUGCAGGGCACAAAGGAAGCUUUGCAUAGUGAACUGGAAAAUCUCAGGGAGGAACAGAGGUACAUGGAAAAUGAUUUGUCACACAUGCAACUGAGGUGGCAUGCCCUAAGGGAGGAGAAAGUUAUGGCAGCUAACACUCUACAAAAUGUCAAGAAGGCAGAAGAAGAAUUGGAACGUUUGGUUGAGGAGAAAAACCAAGUGGAGCUUGAUGAAAAGCAUUUGGCAGAGGCUCUUGGCCCUUUAUCUAAGGAGAGAGAAAAAUUAGAAAGUUAUUACAGUCAAUUGAAAGUCAAAGUUGAGCAGGAAUAUGAGGAGCAGAAAAAACAAUUGAGUAAUUAUCAGUGGGAAGUUGACACACUGCUUAAGCUUGGCUCUAAAAUUAAGGAGUAUAAUGACUUGAAGAAGGGGGAGAAAUUGAAGGACAUGCAAGAAAAGCUCUCUCUUUCGGAGUCUCAACUUCAAAAUUGUGAUGAUAGGAAGAAGGAGAUCUCAACUGAAUUAAACAAAUUCACAGACCUUAAGAAGAAUCAAGAUAGACUAAAAAGAGAUAUUGAAGAUAACUUGAAUUACAGGAAAACAAAGGCUGCAGUGGAUAAGCUUAACCAGGAGAUUGAAUCAUUGGAGGAGGAAAUGCUGAAGAUUGGUGGAGUUUCUUCAUUUGAAACCGAACUUGCAAGACACUUGCAAGAAAGAGAUAGACUUCUUUCAGAGUUAAACAAGUGCCGGGGUACGAUGUCAGUAUACCAGAGCAAUAUUUCGAAGAAUAAAGUUGAUCUAAAACAGGCUCAAUAUAAGGAUAUUGACAAGAGGUACUUUGAUCAGCUAAUUCAGCUAAAGACAACUGAAAUGGCAAACAAGGACCUGGACAGAUACUACAAUGCACUUGACAAAGCACUGAUGCGCUUCCACACAAUGAAGAUGGAGGAGAUAAAUAAAAUCAUUAGGGAAUUGUGGCAACAAACAUACAGAGGACAGGAUAUAGAUUACAUUAGUAUUCAUUCAGAUUCUGAAGGUGCUGGGACCCGUUCUUAUAGCUACAAGGUGGUGAUGCAAACUGGUGAUGCAGAGCUAGAAAUGAGAGGAAGGUGUAGUGCCGGUCAGAAGGUCCUUGCUUCUCUUAUCAUUCGGUUGGCUUUAGCUGAAACAUUCUGCCUCAACUGUGGAAUAUUAGCUUUAGAUGAACCUACCACAAACUUGGAUGGCCCAAAUGCAGAGAGCCUCGCUGCAGCUCUCCUUAGAAUCAUGGACGAUAGGAAGGGACAAGAGAAUUUUCAGCUGAUUGUAAUUACUCAUGAUGAGCGUUUUGCUCAACUAAUCGGUCAGCGACAGCAUGCAGAAAGAUAUUACCGAGUGAUGAAGGAUGAUCACCAGCACAGCAUAAUUGAAUCCCAAGAGAUUUUUGAUUGACAAUCCUAUACAAUAUGGUCGAAUGCAUCAUUUGCUCAGAUGGAGAAACACUUGGAAGAUUCAGUUAAUGUGUUCAAGUCAAAUGUUUCUCAAGUUGUAAAGGGUAAAUUAAUUAUCAUAUCUAAUUCCUCUUGUGAUACUAUUAUUGUAAAUCUAAAAAGUGUGUUUUUUAGUGAUCGUGAUACAAUAGUGCUUUUGUUUUUUAUUCUAUAAUGGAAAACAUAUUUAUUAGAAAAGAAAUACUAAUCAAAGUAUGUAGUUGGUGAAAGUGGCGGUCUCUCAUAGCUUAUAUGGGUUUUACCAAAUUUUUGGAUGUGAAGAAAUAUUAGCCAUGUUUUAACAUGAUGCCUGCCUACCUUAAUAUAUACAAUGCUUUCUACCUACCAAAGUGGGGGAGCAUUACUACCUACCAAGGGGGUGAUGAUUUCAACUUGGUUGGUAGACUAGUAGUGGAAUUUUUUUA